AAAAGUUUGAAUAACCCCUUACUCCUACCUGGUUCCACUCCUGUCUCUCACUCUCUUCCUUUAUUAAUCCCAUAUAUGGUGAAUCUUUUCUUUGUUCCCCAUCUCUCUUCUCUUAAUUAGUAAUUUUUUUUUCUCUUCAUGGAGAAGGAGAAGAAGAAGGAGAAGAAUUGUGGUUGUUGGGCUGUUCUUAGGCUGAGUAAUGUUAUUGGAGGAUCCUCUGUCUCUAAACACUCUGCUAAUUCUAUUCCAAGAACUAGUCUUGUCUAUGAUGCAGCCACAGAGACUCGUUACCUAAAUGCUAGCAGCCGCGAGAUGUGUGUACCUGAUGAAGCAAGAGUAUCUACUGAUACACCUACUGAUCCACCAACACAGCCUCCACCAGCAGCAGAAAACAAAGUGCAGCGGCAGCUGCUUCAGUUUACAUUUCACGAGCUAAAAUCUGCAACGGGGAACUUCAGACCGGAUAGCAUUCUUGGUGAAGGUGGAUUUGGAUAUGUAUUCAAAGGCUGGAUAGAGGAGAACGGAACAGCACCAGCAAAGCCCGGUUCUGGGAUUACGGUUGCUGUCAAGAGCUUGAAACCGGAUGGUCUUCAAGGUCAUAGAGAAUGGGUGGCAGAAGUAGACUUCCUUGGACAGCUUCAUCAUCCUAAUCUUGUCAAGUUAAUUGGAUAUUGCAUCGAAGAUGACCAAAGGCUUCUUGUUUAUGAGUUUAUGACUCGUGGAAGCCUCGAAAACCAUCUCUUCAGAAGGACGAUACCUCUCCCAUGGUCCAACAGGAUAAAAAUUGCACUUGGUGCAGCCAAAGGCUUAGCGUUUCUCCAUGGAGGCCCUAAACCUGUCAUUUAUAGAGAUUUCAAGACAUCAAAUAUCUUACUUGAUUCGGAGUAUAAUGCUAAGCUUUCAGACUUCGGCCUUGCUAAAGCUGGUCCUCAAGGUGACAAAACACAUGUUUCUACAAGAGUUGUAGGAACUUAUGGAUAUGCUGCUCCUGAAUAUGUGAUGACAGGACAUUUGACAGCAAAGAGCGACGUUUUCAGUUUUGGUGUUGUGCUGUUAGAGAUUUUAACAGGUAGGAGGUCUAUGGACAAAAAGAGGCCGAGUGGAGAACAAAAUCUUGUAGCAUGGGCAAGGCCAUAUUUAGCUGACAAGAGAAAGUUUUAUCAACUCGUGGACCCUCGUCUGGAGCUAAAUUACUCCGUUAAAGGGGUUCAAAAGAUCUCACAGCUAGCUUACAUUUGCUUAAGCAGGGAUCCUAAAUCUCGUCCUUCCAUGGACGAAGUUGUGAAAGCUCUGACUCCACUACUAGACCUCAAUGAUCUCGCUAUAUUAUCAAAUCAUUCUCGGUUAACACAAUCAGGAAGACGCAAGAAGAAACUAGACGGAAUGCAACAACUUAGCUAUAAUCAUUCCAGGAGUAUCAGAGGAUCUCCAUUACACUCUGGUAGGCAACAUUGUAAAUAAUGCAUUUUCCCUUUUCUCCGAAACUAAAUACUAGACUUGGAAAUUGAAGAAACAACAAGGCUUUAUUAUAAUGUGUGUUCUGAAAUUUCAUGAGGCUAUGAAUACAAUUUGAGGAGUAGUUCAUUUUCCUCUUAUCAAAAUGUGAAAUCCGUAGAGCAGCAUCCAUAUAUAACCGUGAUGAAAUAUAGCAAUGUAAUUGCAAAACUUCUAUUUCUGGAGUGUUGCUUGCA